AUGUCUUCUAGAACUUCAACUUCAACUUCCACAACUUCUCUAAUUUUCGCCUCAAUUUUCUUGGCCACUUUUGCCGGUGCGUGUCAUAGUUGUGAGUUCAUAAAUGCCACGUCACAACACACUUUUCACAAUUUUUUUUUGGUUUUAGUCAAAUUAUUUGAAUCAGUUGGCAUUUGUGAACUCACUGCGCUCACAACAAUAGAACUAUAGUCUAGUUUGCUCACAGAGACCUUAAGAUCUUAAGGUCUUAAGAAGACCUUAAACCCCCAAAUAUUCUCAAUUUCUCAGUUCUUCCCUAUGCUCAAAUAGUCGGUGCCCGUGCCUAUCUUCUUCAACAAAAAAUGGAGUGCAAAGGUGGAAAAGUGUACGACAUCGAUAAUGUUCAAGACAUCGAACAAUGCAAAGAAGCGUGUCGACAAUUCGAUUGUGACGCCGUGAAUUUAUUCCAAAUCGGCGAAUUUGCCUUCAAAUGCGAGAUUUUGAGCUAUGUUUCAACUUUGGUUCCGGCAAGUGGAGCUGCCUGUUAUUACGCGUCUGAUGCGUUGCAAGGUAGGGCGUAUAUAAAAAGAAAAAGUCGCAUCGCUCUCUCUGUUGCACCCUUGGUAUAGUGGUUAGCGCCCGCGGUUUUGGUGCACUGGGUGGUGGGUUCGAUCCCUCCCCGGCGCAAUUUUUUUUCUUUUUUUUCCCUUGUGCGAUUUAAAGAAAAACUAAUGUUUCCCAGGAAAAUGAUGAGAAAAAGUUGUCAAAUGCAGAAAAAUUAAUUAAAAUUCAAAUUUUUCGCAGGCGGCGGCUAUAACAAUGGAUAUAAUGGAUAUCAAGGUGGAUUUGGUUACAACGGUUACGGAUGGGGAAAAAAAUAA